AUGGCUCAAUCAUAUUUGCCGGCGGAGAAGUUUUUAUCAAGAAAACAGGAAACUGUUUUGUUGGACGAGGAUGUGAUUUAUUGGAAGAGAAUGCAGGUUUGGAUAGAUUUUUGGGGAAAAUUGAAGAAAAUGUGGUUUUUCAAGUACAGAACAAUGUUUUUGGCUUGAAAACCCCAUAAAAAUUCAAUUUUUAAUAUGAGCAAUGUCUUUUUAAUGCUGAAAAAUCUGAAAAUCCAUUUAUUGGCUCAUAAUUGGACGAUUCUGAGCAUGUUAACUGUGAAAUCUGAAAAAAAUUAAUUUCUGGAUCACGUCAAAAUUCAAAGAAAAUUUAAGCGUGAUUUAAUAAAUUCCACGUGUCAAAAUUUCAUUUUUCGAAAAAAAUAGGAACAAAAUUCAUUUAUGAAUUAUUUUUCGAGACGAAAACCGCUGGAAUUUUCCAUUUUUAGCACAAAAAUGGGAUUUUCCAGAAUUUUCUCUUUAAAAAAUUCCUGAAAAUUCUGGAAUUUCACCCAGAACCUCUAUAUUUUUCCAGCAACUCACAGUCUUUCAAGAGCCAGCCGUCGUGAGUUCCGUUCGAAUUUCACCCAAAAAACCCUAUAAUAUUGCAACAACUUCAAGUGUUCGCCUAACUCUUUAUGAUACCGUAGUCUGUGAGCCUUUAAAUCUGUUUUCUCGAUUCAAAAAAGCGGUUACAUCGAUCGAUUUUCGACAUGAUGGAAGAUUGAUUGCAAUUGGAGGAGAUGAGGGAAAAGUUCGCAUUUUUGAUAUUGAAAAAACGACGGGAAAUAAUAAGGUGAGCAAUGGUUUGGGAAGGGGGUUUUGGGUAAAAAAUGGGGAAAAUUUUGACGUAAAAAUAUUGAAAAACUGAUUUUUAGAUGGAAAAAAUCUGAAAUCCCACAUUUUUAAAAUCUUCGAAUUUUGGAAAAAAUCGACGUGGAAUAUUUGAAAGUUUAGAAAUUGUAUUGCAAAAUCUGUAAAUUUUCCAAUUCAAAUUCUUCUGGGAUCGUUUUUUAUUUUUCACUCAAAUGAAUUUUUUGAAACAGUGAACAUUUUACAAGAAAAAAAUUGGAUUUUUGACGUCGACAAAAGAAUUUUGGAAUCACCUUCACUAUGAUUGCAGAAAUUUUAAAAAUUCCUUGAAACUGUGAAAUUUUGAGACCUAAAGAUUUGCCGGAAUUUUUGAACUUAAUUUAUCAAAAAAUCAUCUGAUUUUGCCAGUUUUUCAAUUAAAAUUUCAUUGAAACAGUGAAGUUUUUUGAUGAAAAAAAUUAAUUUUUAGCAAAAUGUUCCUAAUUUUGUUAUUUCAGUUGGCACUUCGUGUAAUGCAAGCAUCUCAAAGCACAGUGAAAAGUGUGAAUUUUUCGGCUCGCGGUGAUACGGUAUUUUCGAUGGCUGAUGAUGGAAUUGUUAAACAAUAUCGAGUUGCUGACACUGCUUAUGGGUAAGAUUUUGGGCGGGAAAUUGGGGAGAUUUUGAAAAAUUCUGUUUUUCUUUUUGAAUUCUUUUUGAAGUUUGUCAAAAAAAAACUGAUCUUAGCACGUAUUGGAAAUGAAAAAAAUCAGAAAAAAAAUUUAAAAUGUUUGAAACAGUAAAUUUUUGCUAUUAAUUUUGUGAAAAGGUUUUUUCGAAACAGUGAAAUUUGUCAGGUGGCAUAUUUUUAGCGUCAAAAAUUUUUGAGUUUUCAAAUUUGCCACGUAGAUUUUCUGGCCCAAAAUUUGUCAAAUCCUCAUUGUUUGCAGUGUCAACGCUGUUCCUCUUCUCGAAAUUCAAGCACACGAAGAUGCAAUUCGUUGUGGAGCGGUUUCUCAAAUGAAUGACUACACUGUAGUCACAGGUGGAUAUGAUCAUAAAGUUCGAGUCUGGGAUAUUCGAAACAAACAAAAAACCGUCGAACUGGAUUGUGAAUAUCCGGUCGAAUCAGUUGUGUUUUUGCCUGGCGAACAAUUAAUUGCAACUGCGGCUGGACCAAUUGUUAAAAUAUGGGAUAUGACUGGAGGUGGAAGACAAUUACAAGCACUACAAGCACAUUAUAAAACGGUGACUUCGUUGAGAUUGGCAACCAAUUCCACGUGUCUUUUGACGGCUGGAAUUGAUCGAAGAAUUAAUGCGUUUAGAACUACGAAUUAUUCAUUGGUAAGUGGAUUUUUGAAAAAAAAAAUCUUUUUAAAAAUGUAAUUUUGAUAUCACCAAAAUUGUAGGUUCACAAGUUAUCAGAUUAUUUUGAAACAGUGAAAUUUUUAUAUUAAAAGUUUCUCAAAUAAGUAAUAAAAGUUCGCUAAUUUUCAAAUAUAAUUAGGAAAUUUUGAAACAGUAUUUUUCCAAUAGAAAUUUUUCAUUUGUCCCAGUUUGAGUGUUUCUUAGCUGAAAAUUUUAUCUGGAAAAGUUAAAAUUCACAUUCUUUUAAAUCAGACCAAUUUGGAAACAGGAUAUAUUAAAAUUUUUAUAACAAUCAAAAAUUAUUGGGAAAUCUUGAAACAGUGAAUUUUUGAUCUCAGAAUAAUUUUUUAUUGUUAGAGUUUCUACCUGAAAAUUUUCAAUUUUUCAUGAAUUUUACUCUGAAAUCACCCAGAACACUCUAUUUCCAAUGAAAAAAUGGUUAAAAAAAAUACUGUUUCAAAAUCUCAAUAAUGAAGCUGAAAAGCUGAAAAAUUAUUGCGAAGUUGAUAAUGAGAAAAUCAAAAAUUCAUAUAAAUUUUUGAAACAAUGAAUUCUGAUCGCUCAAAUCGAUUACUUUUUCAAUUCGAAAAAAUUCACUGUUUCAAAUUUUCAAUAAUAAAUUUGGGUGAUUUUUCAGUUUUCAAUACUUUUUCGUUGUAGUUCAGAAAUUCUGAAGAUUUUUCAAAUACGUGAAGAUAUCGAAAUGAACUAAAGACAUAUUUUGAAAAACAAAAUUUUAUUUGAAAAUAAUUCACUGUUUCAAUUUUUCAUUAAGAAAUUUUGCGAAAUUUGAUUUCUUAUUCCGGUUUUUCUUCCGUUAACAAAAUCCAACAUAUAAUAAUUUUUGCAAAUUUUUUCUCUGUUUUAAACUGAAUUUUUUCACAUUUACUCAAAAAUUCACUGUUUCAUUUUUUUUUACAAUUUUUUUAAACAAAUUUUGCAUGGUAAACUUAUAGAAAAAAUAAAAAUUUCCACUGUUUCAAAAAAAUCACAUUAUUUUUUGGAAUUUAGCUAUUUUUAAUGACGUAUAUAAACAAUUCCCAAAAAUCCCUCAAAUUUCUCAAUUUUUGUACAGAUUCAUUCAUGGUCAAUGCCAUCUCCAGUUUUAUCAAUCGAUAUUUCAAAAGAUGACAAUUCGAUGGCAAUUGGAAUGGGAAAUUUGAUGGCAUUAUAUCGAAGAGCUGAUAUUAAGAAAGAAAUUACAGCCAGUGCAAUUUCAGAUGAUAAAAGAGCACAAAUUCGAACUGCUGCACCAAUUGUUCAAUUAACUGAAAAGAAUAAUCAAAGUGUUAAGGCGGAAGUUGUGGCUAAAAGUGCCGAUAAGGUAAGCCUUGUGGAAAAUUUUGAAAUUCAAAAAUUUUGGCGCGAAAACUCGAAAUUUUAAUUUUUCAGCUGAAAAUCUCGCGUGUUGAUACAAUGUUAUCUGGCUUCAAACAUGCUGCAGUCAUCAAAUAUUUGUUCUCAGGUUUGUCUUUAUAUUUUUAUUUUGAAACUAAAUUUUGAUAGAUAUAAAAAUUAUCUGCAAAUUUUGAAACAGUUAUUUUUUUUUCAAAUUAAAAAUUAUGAAAUUUUCAAAAAUUAAUUUUUAUUUAUUUUUUUGAAGAUAGAACGCAAAUAAGAAUUUUCAAAAUUUAAUCAAUUUUUUUGAAACAGUAAAUUUUUAAGAGAAAAAUACGUUUCAAAAAUUACACAAAUUUUUUGAUUUUUUCAAUUCGGUGCUAUCUUGAUAAAUUUGCCACGUGAAUUUUUGCCGCCAAAAUUUUCAAAAUUUUUUUUCUAGGAAACUACCGUACAACUCUUGACACUGGAAUCGUCAGUUUUCUUCGAAUUAUUGUCACAAGAAAUGCGAUACACCGUGCAAUCGCUGGCCAAUCAACAAUUGUUCAGAAAAAUCUAUUGAAGUAGGCCACAUUUUUCUAAUUUCCUCCUGAGAAAAUCAAUAAUUUUUCAGAUUUUUACGUCAAAAUUUGUUCAAAUCGCAAUAUUUUCCAACUCUUCAAAGUGUCACUUUGGCGUUUUUUGGUGAGUUUUUUUUUUGAUAGUUGGCUCCAAGAAUGACAAUUUUUUCAAAAUUAAAUCUUUCAGAAGUGUAUAAUGUGGAAAAAUUGGAUAAAUCAGUUGCAUCAGCCGCCUCAAAAUUGCGAGCUCAAUUAUCGCGAGAAUUAGAAGUGCAAAAAAUGGUUUGUUCGUUGAUUGGAUCGAUUGAUAUGAUUGUGGCAACAACUAAAUUGAAUGUGGUAAGCGAGAUUUUGGGCGAGGAAAUUCGGGAAACUAAAAAAAAGUUACAUCAAUCUUCUGAAACUGUCAAAAAAUAUGUGAGAAUUUUGAAACAGUAGAUUUUUCUGACCAAAAAAAACGAAAAAACCAUUUUUUGUGAUAUUUGAGCUAAUUAUUUCAGAACGUUUUGAAAUAGUAAAUUUUUAUUUCCUUCAUUUUUUGAAAAAUAUUUCAGUUUUUAAUUUUUGUAUUGAAAAGCCAUGGCAUACUAAUUAUAUUUCAAUUUGAAAACAUAUGUCAAAGUUUUGAAACAGUAGAUUUUUUGACAAAAUUUUAAGACUUACAAAAUUAAUGAAAAUACUCGGAAACAGUAGAUUUUUCACAAAUUUUAGACAUGGCCAUUUUAUCAUUUUCAAAUUCCACAAAAAUCUACUGUUUCAAAAUUUUCUCAUAUUUUUCCACAGUUUCAGAAAUUCUGAUCCUUUCCAAUUUUCUACUUUUGAACCUAUGAAAAUGUAUGAAAAUUUCGAAACAGUAAAAUAAAAGGAAAAAAACAUCCAAAAUUGAAAUUUUGGUGAUUUUUGAAAAUCCCCUCGAAAAUAUUCAAAUUUAUCCUGUAACAAUGAAUUUUUGCAGAAAUCUUCAUCGGAAAUAAUCGAAAAUGAUGAUAUUUUUGGUGAACCAAUUAUAAGUGCUAUUGAUUUGGAUCAAGAAUUCGAACCAUCUGAUGAAAAAACAACAAAUUAA